GACUGGAGGUUUGGUCAUGUCUGGACUGUUGGGAGUCCGAGUGCUGCUGCUGUGGAGCUGCUUCUGCCUCUGGUCAGGCCUGGCCUCGGGGGCUCUGGUCAUCUCCAGGGACGAUGAGGAGCCACAGGAUUCAAGAAGAUCUGCCAGAUCACUGCAGAAAAGAAGCACUAAUGAGAUGAUGGUGGAGGUACACAGUGUGAUAGUGGACUGCACUGUGACGUCUCGCUUUGCCCACACCGUCAUGACCUCCAAGGCCUUAAACAAAGCAAACGUGCCCCAGGAAAUAUUUUUUGAAGUGGAGCUGCCGAAGACCGCAUUCAUCACAAACUUCAGCAUGGAAAUUGAAAAUCGGUUCUAUGUGGGAGAGAUUAAGGAGAAAGAAAAAGCAAAGAAACAGUAUGAGAAGGCCGUUUCCUCUGGUCAGACAGCUGGACUGGUUAAAGCCUCUGGAAGAAAAAUGGAGAAGUUUUCAGUGUCCGUCAACAUAGCAGCAGAAAGUAACGUGACUUUCAUUUUGACGUAUGAGGAGCUCCUCCAGAGGAAACUGGGCCUCUAUGAGGUUCUGACUCGAGUUAAACCCAAGUCUCUCGUCCAGGAGUUCAAGAUUGUGACAAACAUAUAUGAGCCUCAGGGCCUCUCCUCUGUUGAUGCCCACGCAACCUUCCUGUCCAAUGACUUGCUCCCCCUGGUGGAGAAAACCGUCUCAGACAAAAAGGCACACAUCUCUUUCUCACCAACAACAGACCAGCAAAGAAAGUGUCCAGGUUGUGACGGGACACUGAUUGAUGGAGAUUUUAUCAUUAAGUAUGAUGUGAACCGAGAGAAGAACCUUGGGGACAUUCAGAUUGUGAACGGAUACUUUGUGCACUUCUUUGCUCCACCAGUGCUCCCUAGAGUGCCAAAGAAUGUGGUGUUUGUCAUUGACAGGAGCGGAUCAAUGAGUGGAACGAAGAUGCAACAGACACGAGAGGCAAUGCUGGCCAUCCUCAAAGACCUGGACGAAGAGGACCACUUUGCUCUCGUCCCGUUCGACAGUGUAACUGAAGUCUGGAAGGAAUCACUCACCAAAGCAACCAAGCAAAAUGUGUCUGAUGCCAUGAACUAUAUCAGGACAAUAGAUGCCAGGGGAUCAACAGGCAUGACUUCUGGAGUAUUAAGAGGAAUAGACAUGCUGAAAAAAGGCCGACAGGAGAACAGACUCCCUGAGAGAAGCACUGAUAUGAUCAUUUUACUGACUGAUGGGAUGCCAGAUGGUGGAUCAUCUUAUGUGCAGUCGAAUGUUGGCUCGGCCAUGGGAGAAAAGAUGUCACUGUACUGUUUGGGAUUUGGAAAUGAUGUGGAUUACAACUUUCUGGAUGUGAUGAGCAGAGAAAACAGAGGAAUGGCUCGUAGGAUCUAUGAAGCUUCAGAUGCAACACUGCAGCUCCAGGGUUUCUAUGAAGAAGUGGCCAGUCCUCUGCUUUUAGAUGUGGACCUGCGCUAUCCUGACAAUGCAGUUGACUUCUUGACCACCAACAACUUUGUCCAGUUGUUUAACGGCUCAGAGAUUGUGGUGGCUGGGCGGCUGACAGACAACAACCUGGAUAACUUCUUAGUAGAAGUGCUCGGCCAGGGGUCUGAAGGAGACUACAAGGUGAAAGGCCAGGCCAGUGCUCUGGACUGGACAGCAAUGUACCCCAAUGAUGAGUACAUCUUUGGAGAUUUUAUUGAGCGUCUGUGGGCAUACCUCACCAUCCAACAGUCACUGGAGAAGAGCAAAACUGGUGAAUCAGAUGUGAAAGCCAAUGCCACGGCCAAAGCCCUGGAAAUGUCCCUGGAUUACCACUUCGUAACCCCUCUCACUUCCAUGGUGGUCACCAAGCCUGAGACUGAGAACAAAACGGGAGAGCCUUUAAUUGCUAACAAGCUGACUGAAGCCCAGAGACAAAUGGCAGAGAAAAUGGGAAUGAUAUCACAGCUGAGUUCUGGUGUUCUGCUGUCAUCCAUAGUGGAUGGAGAUCCUCAUUUCAUGAUAGAGCUUCCUGACAGACAUGAUGCUUUGUGCUUCAACAUCAACGACAAACCAGGAACCAUUUUUAACCUCGUCAGUGACCCAGAAUCAGGUAUUGUGGUCCAUGGCCAGAUUAUUGGAGACAAGAAGAUUUCCCCUGACGGGACCAUGAAUACCUAUUUUGGGAGUUUUGGCAUCAUUCACCAGACUCUGGGUGUCAGACUGGAGGUGAACACUCAAGAAAUGUCAGUGUUUCAGGACAACAAGCAAGUCAAGCUGCUGUGGUCUGAUACAGCUGCUGUCAAAGGACUCAACAUGGAUCUUCUUGUGACCAAAGAUCGCAGUCUAACAGUCACACUGAAGGAUUCGGUUAAGUUUGUCAUUGUGCUGCACAAAGUGUGGGCGAAGCACCCCUACCACAGAGACUACUUGGGCUUCUACACUGUAGACAGUCACCUCCUGUCCCCUUCUGUCCAUGGGCUGCUGGGUCAGUUCUAUCAUGGGAUUGAGUAUGAGGUGACGGGGUUGCGUCCAGGAGAACACCCUGAUAAACCAGACGCCACCAUGUAUGUGAAAGGACGUGAGCUCAAUGUGACCAGAGGCUGGCAGAGGGACUUCAGCAGAGACGUGAAGAAUGGAGAACGUGUUCCCUGUUGGUUCAUCCACAGUAAUGGGACCGGCCUCAUCGAUGGAGACGCGUCAGACUACAUAGUCUCCAGCCUUUUCACAACAGAUUGA